GAGCCGUCCAUAUACCGUGGACACUUCAUUGAAACUCGUGGUUCGAUUUGGCAUGAACACACAUGGUCGGGGCCAACCAGACCUCUUCCAAGUACAGCGUGAAUGUCCGCCACGAGGGGUCUAAGCUCACUGUCGAUGGCAUCAAGCAGGCGUUCACCAAGACAUUUCGACGGGGUCAAGACUCGAUCGACAAGUCCAACACACACAGUUCUGGCCAGCACCACGCGAUGGAAGUUGCCUCACGAGACAAACGCUUCGACAUCUACUUUCGCCUGUUCGUGAACUGCUCGGAAUUUUUCGUCGUCGGACUGCUCCUGAUUGUCCACAUCUCACUCAACUUUGCCGGGUUGUGGUCGCGCCAAACCACGACAGCCCACCCGGCGAUUGCCAGCACGUGGUCGACUGUCGGAGACGCGUGCCUCCUCACCUCUGCAGGCUUCAAAUCUUGUAGUCCUAGCGAAGCAAACCUCACGACUUCCGAUGCGUGGGCUGCGAUAGGGACCAGCCUCGCUCGGCAACUUGGAGCCACCCUCGUGGACAAUUCAAUGUCCCUCGCCGUCACGACAUGCGCAUUCGGACUCGACAAAGGUUACGGAGGCAUUGUUUUUUUGCUGUCCACGCAUCGGGUUCCAGACUGCGCCCCACAGACAGCCGAAACGCUGGUGUCCAUAGCAAUGCUUGAAACAGCGUUUGACGACACUGACGCGGUGCAGUAUCUCCUCACCACGUACGCUGACGACGACGAAGUUGCGCUGGACGUUCGCAUGGACACGGAUGGAUCGAAAACGUCAGUGUUCGCGAACGUGACCAAGGAAUUCGUGGCCCCCAACGGGUCUGUCACGUAUGCACGUCCCAAUCACACAAAUUGGCGGUACCAGGCCGUCCCGUUCCAUCUUCGCUACGUUUUUCACUACUCUUGCACCUCCGAAGUUGUCCAAGGCAACGCAUGGACGAGCCACAUUGGUGAACUCUCCGGUUUGGCCCUGCAAGUCGGACACACGUGUCAGCACGAUGUUUCGAAUGGUAUCGAGAUCACGGUGGCCCAGUGCAUUGCCAUCGCAGUGAUGUUGCAUCUGUUUGGCGGCGACAUGUUCACGACCCUCGUCGGCGUGCAAGGCGUCCUGCUGGGCAAACCUGUCCUGACGUAUGACUUUCUAUCUGGUCUGGAACGGCGUCGCCUUGUGAUGGCGCUGCUCGUGGUCAUCCGCAUCGGAGGCAUCUUUUACCUCGAAAUCGCACGGUUGUACCAUGACACAGCCGGACAAAAGUUUAUUUUUUACGUCGUCUGUGCUAUGGCCAGCGGCCUCUUCACGCUGGUGGUGUUUUGGAUCAUGGUGAUGAUCCAGCACCUUCCGUCGCCGUCGUUUCUCAAAGGAAAAGUGAUUCGAAUCUUUGCACCGUUCAUGCACAUGGGAACGUUGGGGCUGUCGCUGAUCAUUGUCGUGUCCUGGGACGUCUCGUCCACGUUCUACGAGCCGCUCUGGCAGCGUUCGCAAUCGAAUCUGACAUUUGUCGUCCAGAACAAGACUCUUGUUUCGGGAGCGUAUGAUCAAUUGGAAGUGCUGUCGUGCGUGCAAAUGCUCCUCCCAGACCUCUUUCUUGCGUCGGGGAUCAUGAUUAUCCUUAGCAUCUUGUACCCCAUGGUCCGCCAUCGCCGGAUCUACUUGGAUUUGGCGUAUUUUGAACACAACGAGUUUCUCACCCGCGAGUUUGUGCCGUCGUACGUCACAUGCUUGCCGCUCUACGAGUCCGAGUGCAUCAAGUACGGCAACAAAUUGUUUGUGAAGGCGAGUACGUUGGCUGUUCUGGGAUAUGGCAUCAUCGAAGAGCAGGCUAGUUCGGUGAUUGAAGUGAAGCCGCUUGGAACCAAGGUUGUCGAGCCGUCGUUUGUCGUACUCAGUCUGUACGAUCUCAUGAUGGCAUUGUCUUACGUGCGGGCAUACGCCCCUCGCAUCGUGUGUACCGUUCAGUCGUAUCAAUUUCAGGCGGUUCCAAAGGGCACCAAGAUUCGCAAGACCACAAAGUACCGUUUGAACAAAGGAACCUGCGUCAGUUGAUGCAACGACCGACUUGUUUGGCUCUUUCGUAGUUUGUAUGAACAGAUAUUGUUCGACACAGUGGCGCGCUUGAAUAUACUCCGCAAACCAGCAAGAUGACAUA